CCAUAUUCCUUCCCGCCGGCGGCCCCGCGGCGCGCAGCCACCAUGAGCACCGCCGCCUUCCACAUCUCCAGCCUCCUGGAGAAGAUGACAUCCAGCGACAAGGACUUCAGAUUCAUGGCUACCAGUGACCUGAUGUCAGAGCUGCAGAAAGACUCCAUCCAGCUGGAUGAGGACAGUGAGCGCAAGGUGGUAAAGAUGCUGCUCAGGCUUCUGGAAGACAAGAAUGGGGAGGUGCAGAACCUGGCUGUCAAGUGCCUGGGUCCUCUUGUGGGCAAAGUGAAGGAGUACCAGGUGGAGACCAUCGUGGAUGCCCUCUGUGCCAACAUGCGGUCAGACAAGGAGCAGCUUCGAGACAUCGCUGGCAUUGGCCUCAAGACGGUCCUUUCAGAACUCCCGCCUGCAGCCACAGGCUCUGGCUUGGCCACAAACGUGUGCCGCAAGAUUACAGGCCAGCUCACCAGUGCCAUCGCCCAACAGGAGGAUGUGGCUGUACAGCUGGAAGCCUUGGACAUUCUCUCUGACAUGCUGAGCAGGCUGGGCGCCCCCCUGGGCGCCUUCCACGCCAGCCUCCUGCACUGCCUGUUGCCUCAGCUGAGCAGCCCGCGCCUGGCGGUGCGCAAGCGAGCCGUCGGGGCGCUCGGUCAUCUGGCGGCCGCCUGCAACACCGACCUUUUCAUCGAGCUCGCCGACCACCUGCUGGACCGACUGCCCGGCCCACGCGCACCUGCCAGCCCCGCCGCUAUCCGCACCCUGAUACAGUGUCUAGGCAGCAUAGGCCGGCAGGCCGGCCACCGCCUCGGUGACCACCUGGACCGCCUGGUGCCCUUGGUGGAAGAACUCUGCAACGUGGAUGAUGACGAGCUCCGAGAGUCCUGCCUCCAGGCCUUUGAGGCCUUUCUGAGGAAGUGCCCCAAGGAGAUGGGCCCUCAUGUGCCCAAGAUCACCAGCCUCUGCCUCCAGUACGUGAAGCAUGACCCCAACUAUAACUACGACAGUGAUGGGGACGAGGAGCAGAUGGAGACAGAGGACAGUGAAUUCAGUGAGCAAGAGAGCGAGGACGAGUACAGCGAUGAUGAUGACAUGAGCUGGAAAGUACGCCGGGCAGCGGCCAAGUGCAUUGCAGCGUUGAUUGGCUCACGGCCCGACCUGCUGCCUGACUUCCACCGUACCCUGGCGCCUGCACUCAUCUGCCGCUUCAAGGAGCGUGAGGAGAACGUCAAGGCCGAUGUCUUUGGAGCUUACAUUGUGCUGCUUCGGCAAACACGGCCCCCAAAGGGAUGGCUGGAGGCCAUGGAGGAGCCCACCCAGACAGGCAGCAACCUCCACAUACUGCAAGGACAGGUGCCACUUGUGAUCAAGGCCCUGCAGCGGCAGCUCAAAGACCGGAGCGUGCGAGCCCGCCAGGGCUGCUUCAGCCUGCUUACUGAGCUGGCAGCUGUCCUCCCUGGCAGCCUAGCAGAGCACAUGCCCUUGCUGGUAUCAGGCAUCAUCUUCUCACUGGCAGACCGCUCUAAUUCCUCCACCAUCCGGAUGGACGCCCUGGCCUUCUUGCAGGGGCUGCUAGGCACGGAGCCAGCAGAGGCCUUCCACCCACACCUGCCCACUCUGCUACCACCCGUACUGGCAUGUGUAGCUGACCCUUUCUAUAAGAUUGCGGCUGAAGCGCUGCUGGUGCUGCAAGAGCUGGUGCGGGCCUUGUGGCCGUUGAACCAGCCUCGGGUGCUGGACCCUGAGCCAUACAUCGGAGAGAUGUCAGUGGCUACUCUUGCACGGCUCCGUGCCACUGAUCUGGACCAGGAGGUAAAGGAACGGGCCAUCUCUUGCAUGGGCCACCUUGUGGGCCAUUUGGGUGACCGGCUUGGAAAUGACCUGGAGCCCACAUUACUGCUGCUCCUGGACCGCCUGCGGAAUGAGAUCACCCGGCUGCCCACUGUCAAGGCACUUACUCUGGUUGCCUUGUCACCGCUGCGGCUGGACCUGAAGCCCAUCCUAGCUGAGGCGCUGCCCAUCCUGGCCUCGUUCCUCCGCAAGAACCAGAGGGCACUGCGGCUUGCUACGUUGGCAGCCCUGGAUGCCCUGGUCCAGAGCCAAGGCCUCAGCCUCCCACCACCUGCUAUCCAGGCUGUGCUAGCUGAGCUGCCUGCCCUGGUCAGUGAGAGUGACAUGCACGUGGCCCAGCUGGCAGUGGACUUCCUGGCCACAGUGACCCAGGCCCAGCCAACCUCUCUGGCCAAGGUCAGCGGCCCCAUGCUCUCAGAGCUGCUGAGGUUGCUUCGCUCGCCCCUGCUUCCUGCAAGUGUGCUGGCUGCCGCCGAGGGCUUCCUGCAGGCACUGGUAGGGACCCGGCCCCCAUGUGUGGACUACACUGAGCUCAUAGACAUGCUCACCGCACCCGUGUAUGACCAGGAUGAGGACAGUGGGCCAGGCCUGCACAAGCAGGUGUUUCAUUCAUUGGCCCGGUGCGUGGCAGCUCUUGUGGCCGCCUGCCCCCAGCAGGCAGCAGGCACUGCAAGCCGUUUGGUCUGUGAUGCCAGGUCACCUGACUCAAGCACUGGGGUCAAGGUUCUGGCAUUCUUGUCACUGGCUGAGGUGGGCCAGGUGGCCGGGCCGGGCCCCCAGCGGGAGCUGAAGACAGUGCUCCUGGAAGCCUUGGGGUCACCCAGUGAGGACGUUAGGGCAGCUGCCUCCUAUGCGCUGGGUCGUGUGGGCGCCAGCAACUUGCCCGACUUCCUGCCCUUCUUGCUGGGGCAGAUCAAAGCAGAGCCGCGGCGGCAGUACUUGCUGCUGCACUCACUCAGGGAGGCUCUGGGGGCCACCCAGCCUGACAGCCUGAAGCCCUACGCAGAGGACAUCUGGGCCCUGUUGUUCCAGCGCUGUGAGGGUGCUGAGGAGGGCACCCGGGGUGUCGUGGCCGAGUGCAUCGGGAAGCUGGUGCUUGUGAACCCUCCCUUUUUCCUGCCCCGCUUCCGGAAGCAGCUGGCUGCAGGCCAGCCACACACCCGGAGCACUGUCAUCACAGCUGUGAAGUUCCUCAUCACGGACCAGCCCCAUCCCAUCGACCCCCUCUUGAAGAGCUACAUUGGAGAGUUCAUGGAGAGCCUGCGGGACCCGGACCUAAAUGUGCGCCGGGCCACUCUGGCUUUCUUCAACUCAGCUGUGCACAACAAGCCCUCCCUUGUCCGUGACCUGCUGGAUGACAUCUUACCACUCCUCUACCAGGAAACAAAAGUCCGCCGGGAUCUCAUCCGGGAGGUAGAGAUGGGACCUUUUAAGCAUGCAGUGGAUGAUGGGCUCGAUGUGCGGAAGGCAGCCUUUGAGUGCAUGUACUCACUGCUUGAGAGCUGCCUGGCCCAGCUGGACAUUUGCGAGUUCCUGAACCACGUGGAGGAUGGGCUGAAGGACCACUAUGAUAUCCGGAUGUUGACUUUCAUCAUGCUUGCACGGCUGGCUACCCUGUGUCCUGCUCCUGUCCUGCAGAGGGUGGACCGGCUCAUUGAGCCACUCAGGGCCACCUGCACCGCCAAGGUGAAAGCUGGUUCCGUCAAACAGGAGUUUGAGAAGCAAGAUGAACUGAAGCGCUCGGCAAUGAGGGCAGUGGCCGCCCUGCUGACUAUCCCUGAAGUGGGUAAAAGCCCUAUCAUGGCCGACUUCUCUUCCCAAAUCCGAUCUAAUCCCGAACUUGCUGUCCUCUUUGAAAGCAUCCAGAAGGAUUCCACUUCAACUCCCAGCACAGAAUCAAUGGAGCUUAGCUAGUCCUCCUCCAGCCCUCAGGGGGGCCCUUACUAAAGAGGGGCUCACCCCAGGCCUGAGGCCUCACCCUUCACUACAGACCUCUGCUUUGCCUUCUCAUCACCUCCCUGGGGGCUCUCCUGCUCCUGGUCAGGCUCAGUGCCUUCUUUAGGGACCCCAACCAGCAGGCUCUCACCAGAACUGGAGGCUGCCAAGUUGGGCCCUGUAACUCAGGACACCCAUAGUGCAAUAGGGUGAGGACAUUCCCAAGCCCUUCCACAGAAGCCCAUCUAUAUACCCUCUCCAUAGUAGUCUGGUUUCUUCAAGCUGGGGGCAGGUGGUUUCCCUACCUCCUGAAAUAGUAACUAUUAUUAGAAACAUGCUGUGCCCAAAGCUAUGAAAUGUUAGGAGGCAG